AUGCUCCUGGCUAGGAGGGUACUCGUCCGCGUGAUCAAAGUUGGGGUUGUAUUCAGACGUGCCGAUGGAGAAGGAGGGCAGGGCGCCGUGGCCGGCAAGACCAAGGGGAGGAAGACCUCCGGUGGCCGCCGAUCUGGGUUGGAAGGCCACCCACUCGCUUCCAGCCGUGCCGAUGGAGAAGGAGGGCAGAGCGCCGUGGCCGGCAAGACCAAGGGGAGGAAGACCUCUGGUGGCCGCCGAUCUUGGUUGGAAGGCCACCCACUCGCUUCCAGCCGUGCCGAUGGAGAAGGAGGGCAGGGCGCCGCGGCCAGCAAGACCAAGGGGAGGAAGACCUCCGGUGGCCGGCGGUCUUGGUUGGUAGGCCACCCGCUCGCUUCCAGCCGUGCCGAUGGAGAAGGAGGGCAGGGCUCCGCGUCCGGCAAGACCAAGGGGAGGAAGUACUCCGGUGGCCGGAGAUCUUGGUUGGAAGGCUACCCGUGA